AUGGUGGCAGCCGCUCUUCUCGCAAGCUCCCACAAUGCGCGCUCCACACUCUGCCGAACAUGUCUUCUACGAUCCCUCGCCUCGAGGCGACAACCGAGCCGGUUCAUCGGGUUAAAGGUCUUGGAAAAGCGCCGCUUGGCUCAUGAGGCCUGGCAGGAAAGGGCCCGCCAGAUCGAGGCCGGAGAGGUGCCGCAUCUCUGGGACACCCUCAAGGAACGUGGUUUCGUCAAGGAUACGGCUGGCACCGAUGACCAGAUCAGCGAGCUCAUGCGGGUCAAGCGCAUAGGCGCCUACGUCGGAAUCGAUCCCACCGCCGCCUCUCUCCACCUCGGUCAUCUUCUCCCCCUGAUGGCCCUAUACUGGAUGUACAUACAUGGUUACAGGACUGUCAGCGUCGUCGGCGGCGCCACCGCCAAGGUCGGAGAUCCCACCGGUCGUCUGCAGAGCCGCGACAGGAUCGCCAAGGCCGACAUGACCAUGUACAUCACCAAGAUACAUUACCAGCUGAAGCGGAUGUGGGCCCACGUCGACUCCCAGGCACGGCGUCACGGCUAUGAGAAGGAAUGGGUCUGGGACCGCGAGCUGGCCAACAACAGCCAAUGGUACAACACCGUCUCCUUUGCCGAGGUCGUCCAGCGUCUGUUCAACGGCGUCAGGGUCGGCCCCAUGCUGUCGCGAGAGUCUGUCAAGCGGAGGAUGGCCGAAGGCGACGGCAUGUCUCUCGCCGAGUUUGUCUACCCCCUGAUGCAGGCCUGGGAUUGGUGGCACCUGUACUCCAGCCCGAAGGGCUGUCUCAUGCAGAUCGGAGGCUCAGAUCAGUACGGGAACAUCGUCUCGGGCGUCGACGCCGUCAAGUACCUGCGCGACACCGAACGGGACCCCGCCAUCUUGCAGCGCGACGGUCUGCUUGAACCACCCGUUGGCUUCACCACCCCACUGCUGACCGACUCCUCUGGCGCCAAAUUUGGUAAGAGCGCCGGGAACGCCGUCUGGCUCGAUCCCUUCAUGACGAGCCCCUUCGACCUCUAUGGCUACUUCAUGCGGCGGCCGGACGCCGACGUCGAACAGCUGUUGAAGCUAUUUACCUUUCACCCUAUGGACAAAAUUCGCGAGAUCAUGACGCAGCAUAGUCAGGACCCCCCGAAACGCCACGCCCAGCAUGCGCUUGCGUACGAAGUUCUGGCCUUGGUCCACGGCCAGAACGAGGCCGAUGCUGUACGAAAACGGCACCGUCAGAUGUUCUCAAAAGGCCCGGUUGAUGCCUCACAGACACAGACCAGCGAAGAAUCUUCCGAGACGGAGUUCUUCCCACCCAAGGGCACUCCGGCAGACGCCAACAGGGCCGGUUCAUUUCGCGUUGAUAUCCAGUUGCCCGAAUCUCUGAUCAAGGGCAAGUCUAUAGGCCGCAUUCUCUAUGCGGCGGGCUUGGCAGAUAGCGCAAGCGAUGGCCACCGACUCGUGACGAACCAGGGUGCCUACAUCGGGGGCUCUCCCGGGCGGAAGGCGUUCGAAGCCAAAGAAAUGAGAGAGGGUGAGCUCACUUUCACGCCAGUCAAGAACUGGUUCCCGCAAGAAACAUCAAACUACCUCAUUGACGGCAAAUUACUGCUCCUUCGCCGUGGCAAGUACUUCGUGCGUGUCGUUGAGAUGGUCAGCGACGAGGAGUGGGCAGCCAGCGGGCAGUCAUACCAUGGUGAGCCCGGUUCGGGCAAGACGCGAAUCCUGCGGGAAAAGCUCAAGGCGGCGGCCGGUGGAGAAGACCUGCACUACAGUGACGCGGAACUGGCCCAAAUCGAGAAAGAGGCCGAUGAUAUCAUGCGCGAUGAAGAGGAGAAAGAUGAGCCCUCAUCCACACCAGAGGUGAGAUUCCCGCCGCAAACGGCGCGCGCGAGACAGAUCUUGGAAAAGUCACCCAUGGCGCGGCUAGUCACACAAGAGGGGUAUAGCUCCAAGUUGAAAACGGAAGCAAUCGACAAGGUGCUGGCCCAGACGAGAAUAAUCAUACAGGCUGAGAAGCGCAGGAGCGCCAAGGCCGCCGUGAUUGCCGCCGAGAGGAAGGCCCAGCAAAGCGCCAUAGCGGAACGGCUGAGCAAAGACCGGGAAUACAGGGACCGCAGGAGUGCUGAGCGGACUGAGCGGAAGCAGCAAAAGGCGGAGGCCAGAAGCACCCGAAACUUUUUUGAUACCGGGCCCGAGGAACGCCGGUGA